ACUUAAAAAAUUAAAAAAAAAAAACAAAGAAAAGCAAAACGAUGCAGUACCUGUGUGUUCUGAACUUCUGAUAAACCCUAACAAAACCCCAAGAGGAGUGAUAAUAAACAGAGCAAGGGUUGCGACCAAAAAUUGAUUGAGAUGAAUUGCAAGCGUCUAAUUUCCGGAGGGUCAUGGCUGCUCCGCCGGCUGUGCACGGCUGCCACUGAGGCUCUGCCACCGAAGAAGAAGGAAUCUCUUUAUCGGAAGAUAUCAUCGCUGAACAUGACCGGAGGGAGCGUGUCUCAGAUACUGAACCAGUACGUAAUGGAAGGUAACGUCAUCAGCAAACGUGAGCUCGAAAGAUAUGUCGUGGAGCUCCGAAAGUAUCGUAAGUUCCAGCACGCACUUGAGAUAAUGGAAUGGUUGGAGAGGAGGAAAAUUAACUUUGCUUUGAAUGAUUAUGCGGUGUACUUAGAUCUUGUGUCGAAGACCAAAGGGGUGGCUGCAGCUGAGAAUUACUUUAGUGGUCUUCCACCGCGUGCCAAGAACAAGUUUACAUAUGGUGCUCUUUUGAACUGUUACUGCAAGGAACUAAUGACGGACAAGGCACUGGCUCAUUUUAGAAAGAUGGAUGAGUUGCAUUAUGUCACUAACCUGGCCUUCAACAACUUGAUGACUCUGUAUAUAAGGCUGGGUCAGCCCGAGAAGGUGCCUCAGCUGGUGGAAGAUAUGAAGCAGAGGAAGAUCCCCUUGAAUGAUUUCACAUAUCAUAUAUGGAUGAAUAGCCUCGGGAAUCUGAAUGACCUCGACGGUGUUGAAAGAGUCUAUGACGAGAUGAAAAGAGAAAACAAUGACAAAAUUGAUUGGCAUACUUAUUGCAACCUUACUUCUAUCUAUGUAAAGGCCAAACAGUUUGAGAAAGCCGAGUCUAUGCUUAAGAUGCUAGAGGAAAAGGCGAAACCCUCAAUGCGGGACGCUUAUCAUUUCAUGCUUUACCUCUACGCAGGCACUUCUAAUCUACAAGAGGUUCAUAGAGUGUGGAACUCCCUCAAGACGGUCUCCCCAGUGACCAGCACAAGUUAUUUGACUAUGAUGCGUGCCCUUCGGAAGCUUAAUGAUACAGAGGGUAUAAUAAAAUGCUUUAAGGAUUGGGAAUCUAACACUGUUGGUUAUGAUAUAAGGUUGGUUAGUAUUGCUGUCAGUGCUUACUUGAGUCAGAACCUGUAUGAAGAAGCUGAAUCACUCUUUAAAGAGGCUACUUGUAAGAGCAAAGGACCUUUCUUUAAGAUUCACGAAUCGUUCAUGAUCUACUUCUUGGAGAAGCGUCAGUUGGAUAAUGCCAUGAGCCAUCUUGAAGCACUGGUUUCAGAAAGCAAAUGGCACCCUACACCAGAAUUAGUAGGUGCCUUUCUGAAGUAUUAUGAAGAGACAGAUCUUGAUGGUGUUGAGGAGUUAUGCAGGAUUUUCAAGAGUUACAAUUAUGAUGAUUCCUGGCUUACAACGUACAUUACAGCAUCGAAAGUGUCUCCUGAAGCUCAUCAAAUGUUGAAAGAAGAUUCUCAAGCAAACCAUGAACUUCAGAACCUGCAAGCUGACAUGCACUCUGGAUAGGUUCCUCCUGGAAGAUCAAUCCUUUCUGCAGCAUGCAGAUGCAAUAUAUUGAAUCAUGAUUUGAUGAUUAAUAGUAGGUUUAGUUUUGAGGUUAACAUUUUGCAAAUCUUUGGUGUGGACCAAAGCCUUUUUGUUCUUUUCAUAAUUUUUUUCCAAACAUAGUUUUGGAGUUCCAAAUUAUGAGCAGCUACAGAAUUCACCAUCUAGGAAAGAUGGCAUAGACGAUGCCAUUCAGACCACCCUUACAAUCUAUGGCUGAAAUCUCAGCCAAGUUUUAUUUUGCUUUGCCUGUAUCCUUUUAACUAUUUUUGUUAUCUUAUCUUUGCUUUUUAGCAUAUUAGUAUCACUCCAUUUGUUAUGUUCUGCCUAGUCUCAAUCCACUCGUAUUUGGUUUGGAUUGUUACCUUAAUUGUCUGGCAGACUGCAAGUUGUCAUGGUCACACGGCAGGUUUUUGUUCUGUUUCUUCUGUUUUAUGAACUAAGAAGUCAUUCACAAGGUUCAA